AUCAUUCGAGGUCCUCUUUUCGCGGUGUGACGACGAAGUGUUUCUUCAGCUUUAGAAAAGAUCAAUUUUAGUGAAUUUUCCCAGUGUUAAUUUUCACUUUCUUUAACGCAAACGAGUGGAAACAUGGGCGACGAAUGGGAUGAUGAUGAUAAUACCGCUGUGUGUCUCGACUCGGCGAGGGCCAAAUCAUAUAAGCAACAUGACAAUGGCUACGGCUUUGAGACGAAGCAGAAUAACGGCGAUUUUGGACGUGACAAUGGCUACGGAGGUGGAAGAGAAGGUAAUUUUGGAGGCGGCGGAGCUCGUGCCUCACGUCCGGGAGAUUGGAAUUGCUCAGGAUGCGGAAAGAACAAUUUUGCAUCGCGCAACGAGUGCUUCUCUUGCCAUCAGGAGAAGGACGAAUCUGGCGAGGGAGCGCGACGGGGGGGAGGAUUUGGUGGCACUAAUGAAGAAAGGCCACGAGCCGGCCAGAGGCCUGGCGAUUGGAACUGUUCAGGAUGCGGAAAGAGCAACUUUGCAUCGCGCAACGAGUGCUUCUCUUGCCAUCAGGAGAAGGACGAGUCCUGCGUCGUCAGCAGUGGCGAAGGAGGACGACGACGCGGUGGCUUUGGCUGCAAUGAAGGGGGGGAGAAGCCACGAGCCGGCCAGAGGCCUGGCGACUGGACCUGUCCGUCGUGCAGCAAGUUGAACUUUGCCUCGAGGACUGCGUGUUUCGACUGUAAUGAAGAGAAACCAGCUGGCUUGAUGACUGAUGCAAUGGUCAAUGAGAAGCCAAAAGAGUUCUACAUUCCUCCGGAUCUGCCCACGGAUGAGAAUGAGAUUUUCAAUGCUAAGAUUGAUCAGGGAAUCAACUUCAACAACUUCUCGAAGAUUCCCGUGAAGGUGACCGGUGAGAAUAUUCCGCCGGCAAUUCGUGACUUCCACUCGUCGGGUCUGCGUGAGUUUCUGCUGACGAAUGUGGAGAAAUCGGGCUACACGACUCCGACGCCCAUUCAGAAGCAUUCAAUUCCCAUCAUCAUGGCGGGAAGGGACUUGAUGGGAUGCGCUCAGACGGGAUCGGGCAAAACGGCUGCCUUCCUUCUGCCCAUUAUCAAUACUUUACUCACGGACAAUCGUGAUGUGACGAUGGGACAGCCUCAUGUGCUAAUUAUCACGCCCACCAGGGAGUUGUGCAUACAGAUUUGCGAACAGGCUCACAAGUUCGCCCACAAGUCAUACAUUCGCGUCCAGAAGAUUUACGGUGGCACCGCGACGCGCCAUCAAGGAGAUUUGCUGAAGAAUGGCGUGCACAUUCUCGUGGCCACGCCUGGACGAUUGCUGGACUUUGUCAAGAGGAGCUACAUCUCCUUCCAGGACAUUCGCUUUCUCGUGUUGGACGAGGCUGAUCGAAUGCUGGACAUGGGCUUCAUUGGUGACAUUGAGAAUGUGAUGACAGGAAUGCCGACGGAGAGACAAACGCUGAUGUUUUCGGCUACAUUCCCGGAAGAGAUUCAGCAUCUGGCCGGGAAAUAUCUCACCAAUUAUGCCUUUGUGACUGUGGGUAUUGUUGGUGGCGCGUGCACUGAUGUGGAGCAGAAUUUUAUUGAGGUGUCCGGAAGGAAGAAGCGCGAUCAAUUGCUGGCAAUUCUCAACAACUGCGGCAGCGAGGGACCGAAGGGUGUUCUCGUGUUUCUGGAGACGAAGAAAAGUGCUGACUUCUUGGCUUCUUAUCUGUCUGAGACACAAUUCCCGACUACAUCAAUACACAGUGAUCGUCUGCAGAAGGAGCGCGAAAUGGCGCUGAAUGAUUUCAAGUGUGGUCGCAUGGCCAUCAUGAUUGCCACAUCUGUUGCUGCCCGUGGUCUGGACAUUCCUCAUGUGCAGCACGUGAUUAACUUUGAUCUGCCGAAGAGCAUUGAUGAGUACGUGCACAGGAUUGGACGCACAGGACGCUUGGGAAAUGCUGGCAAGGCCACCAGUUUUUUCGACGUCGAAAAAGAUGCUGAUAUUGGAGGGAAAUUGGUGGGCAUCCUGAGGCAAGCCAACCAGCCGGUGCCUGACUUCCUCGAGCAGUAUGAUCACGGAGCGUUCUCAGGCCAGGAAACGUUCGGCGGGCGAGAUGUUCGCAAGAAUAAUGGCACCCAGAGACCUCAGGCCGUGGCCGCUCUUGUUGAGGAUGAGCUCUGGUAGACGGCGAUUUACAUCAUAAUUCAAGAAGUUCGAUUCCAUUAUUCUACUAUACAAACUUAACAUUGAAUUAUUUUUUCUAACAAUCUCUACUUUCAUAUUUUAACAACGCUGACUUAAUCGUCAGUAGAAUUUUGUGAUUUCUUAUAGGAUAAUAUUGAAUUGACUUCUUCCUUUAAGAAAACUCGUGAUCUGAUAGCUACACAUGGAGUAAUUGCAAUCAGGAAAAUCAGUGAAAUUAGUAUUAAAUAUGAAUUCUUUAUGA